UCGCGUCUAACUGCGCAUGUACAGGCCGUCAACUCAAAGGCACUCCUUCGAUAUAAAGUUGUUUUUGACGAAAAUGAAAACUUGGCAGUUUGUCACUUUCACGAGUUCUGAGUAAAACCAUAUUCAACUACUUACGGCAUUGGCUCGAGUAUAGGUUGUGCCUUUAGAUUUUGAGAAAAUUAAGAACUAAGGAAGCAUAUUUCACUUCAAACCCCGGCCUGGCCUGCUUGGUCUGUUUCACAAGCGUUCCGGUUAGUCUCGCGAUGUAGCGCCUCUGGGUUUAGAAACUCUGUGGUGUAGCGGUAGCCUUCUGUAAUACUGUGGUCCACUGUCCUGGACCAGGCACAACAGUUGUGCAAGUCAUUGCGAGAUGGAUCAGCAAUAUCUAUUGAAAGUAAUUUGCUAUCACCAGGGAGCACUGGAUUAUGCGGAUCUGGCAGAUAUUGGGUGCGGGGAAGAUAUUAUCUGUGCCCUUGAUGAAAACGAGGUAUUUUCUGUCGCGUUGUGUAAUGGAAACAAAAGCGUUAUUGCGAAAACUAAGGUUAGACGCUGCAAGGCUCAGCAAUGUGAUGGCUGCAAUGAUUUACACCUGUGUAAAUUUUAUUUAUUUGGGGACUGUAAGAAUAGUAGGGGAAGACGGACAUGCCGCUUCGGCCAUGACCUGAACUCUGAACACAACUCCAGAGUUUUAAGAGAGCAUAAACUUGAGACGCUUAGUAGACAAGAAAUCCGGCAGUUGUUGUUACAAAACGACAACUCUCUCCUUCCACCGGUGUGCAGCUCUUAUAACAAAGGCGCCGGGCCUUAUGGCAACUGCCCGGAUCAGGAGGGGUGCAGGAGACUUCAUGUGUGUGACAGGUACAUCAGAGGAACCUGCUCCUCGGGAGCCGACUGCAACAGGUGUCAUGACUUCUUUGAGCCCCACCCACAAAGGACUCUGCAGCAGAGGGGAGUGCCAAACGAUCUAAUGACGUCCAUGUUGUCAACCUACCGAAACAUUCAGGCCAUGAAGAAUGAAGGUGCCGGCAGUGCUGCUUCCAUCAACACGCCCCAGAGCUGUCCUCAGAGAAAUACAGUGAGGAAUGAGAUCUGCCUGUUCUUUGUCAAGGGGGACUGCAAACAAGGAGAGAAAUGCUGGAGAGUCCACUUCAAAAUGCCCUACAAGUGGGAAGUGAAAGAUGGACAGACUUGGUCAGCUCUGCCAGAAAAUGAAGUGAUUGAGAGAGACUUCUGUGACCCUUCUACGAUACACAGUGAGGGAUCAGACUGUGUGCAUUUCGACUCCAUGAGCCUUGGAUUCAGUGAAGUUCGCCGUCUCUCCACAGUUUCCUCUGUCACCGAGCCCACAUUCGUACUCACCACAGAGUGGGUGUGGUUCUGGGAGGACGAGUACGGCAAAUGGAUCCAGUACGCAUCCAUCAAAGAGAAGCACCGAUUGUCGUCCAUCACCAGUGAAGACCUUGAGAAAAAGUACCAGGAGGAUCAAAGUCCUGUGGUGAAGUUCACUGCAGGCCAGCAGUCGUAUGAGCUGAGUUUCAGAGACAUGACGCAAUAUAACGAAAGAUAUGGCACUACAAGGAUGGUCAGACGACGUCCUGUCUUUGUUUCAACUGUGGACGCACAAGCUGCAAGAAGCAGGCGAAAUGGACCACGCAACCCCUCUCAGAAUUUCAGAGCUGUUCCUGGAUUUUGGGACAAGUCUGCGAUACCUGACAUUGGAUACAGGACAGUCACUCUUCUGAGUUCUGACAGGGACUAUCAGAAGGUCCAGGAACUUUUCAACAAGACCAUGAGGGGCUUCAAAAUCACCAGCAUCGAGAGGGUCCAAAACAGGGACCUCUGGGUAGUCUUCCAAUGGAAAAGAGAUUUAAUGAAGAAAAACAAUGGAGGUAAAAACAGCAAGGAGUUACAUCUCUUCCACGGAACGGACCCAAAACACGUAGACGCCAUUUGCAGAGAUAACUUCGACUGGAGGCUGUGUGGAACCAAUGGAACUGUGUAUGGCGAAGGGAGUUACUUUGCCAGGGAUGCCAAGUACUCACACAGCUACACCAGCGACUCAGGAGUGAGGUCCAUGUUUGCUUGUCGGGUGCUUGUUGGCGACUACACAUUAGGGAACUCGGACCUCCGUCGUCCCCCUCCAAAAGGCGAGGGAAGCCCGACUCUCUAUGACAGCUGUGUGGACAAUGUCCUGAAGCCAUCCAUAUAUGUGGUGUUUGAAAAGCACCAGGUGUACCCCGAGUUCCUCAUCAAAUACGAUGAUGGCGUCAUGCACUGGACCUCUUCGGCUCCAGCUCCACCCAAGACUGUCUCUAUCCAAUCGACUUCCUUAACCCCAAAAUCCAACCGGAUUCAAGCCACAGCUGCUGCUACCACAUCGAAGAGUGUUCCAUCAACUUUGAGUCCAUCUAAAACUGCAGCCACCACUUCCUCUAAUCCAACCGAUUCUCAUCCCACUUCGUGUUUAGUCCAUCAGUCUCGCCCAAAACCUGGCCAAGCCCCAUUGAUAUUCAGUCAAUCUCCCAUGAAGCCAGCCUCAAGUUCUCAAUUGGUGGAUACCACCCUAGACCCAGAUUUCAAUCCCUCAUUUGCAAACCUCUCUCGCACACUCACUACCCCAGCCAGUACCCCCUCUCGUACGCCCACUACCUCAGCCAGCACCCCCUCUCGUAUGCUCACUACCCCAGCCAGUACCCCCUCUCAUACGCCCACUACCCCAGCCAGCACCCUCUCUCGUAUGCUCACUACCCCAGCCAGUACCCCCUCGCACAUACUCACUACCCCAGCCAGUACACCCUCGCACAUACUCACUACCCCAGCCAGUACCCCCUCGCACAUACUCACUACCCCAGCCAGUACCCCCUCGCACACACUCACUACCCCAGCCAGUACCCCCUCGCACACACUCACUACCCCAGCCAGUACCCCCUCUCACACACUCACUACCCCAGCCAGUACCCCCUCUCGUACGCCCACUACCCCAGCCAGCACCCCCUUUUGUAUGCUCACUACCCCAGCCAGUACCCCCUCGCACAUACUCACUACCCCAGCCAGCACCCCCUCUCGUAUGCUCACUACCCCAGCCAGUACCCCCUCGCACAUACUCACUACCCCAGCCAGCACCCCCUCUCGUAUGCUCACUACCCCAGCCAGUACCCCCUCUCCUAGACUCGCUCCCCGAGCCAGCACCCCCUCUCCUACACUCACUCCCUCAGCCAGCACCCCCCCUGGCAUACUUUCCCCUUUAACUGGCACCCUAUCUCGGGCUCACACCCGCUCAACGACUACUACUCGCACACUCCCUGCCAGCAGUACCUCUCACCCACUAUCCCCUUCAUACUCAUUGAGCACACCUUAUUACACACUUUCUCACUCAUCAUACUCCCCCACUUACACACAAACUCUCUCACACACUUCCCCGUCGACGUCAAGCAAUUCUCCAAGCACACUCUCCCCGUCAGCAAGCAACCAAUCUCGGGUGUUCUCUCCCUCGGCAGGUGCCUUCUGUCGUCCACUAUCUACCACAACAAGCACCACUAGAUCUCGUCCUGAGUCACUGUACAGUGUUCCAACAGCUCAAAGGAGGGACACCAAAGAAAAAAACAAAUGUCUUCUGCAAUAACUUGCCUUUGUCAGGAUGGAGCAGUAAGUUAAUAGAAAGUUUUGAUGGCGAACUUCAAAUCUUCAAAAACAGAAAAUGUAUUAAAAUUAUGAAGGAUAAUGCAUUUGCAUAUCAAAGAUGUAGUAUAGCUGUGUAUCUUUACCUGUAGGGGCUUAACAACAGUAAAGCUGUUCACAACCAACCAGACAUUUGUAAUUUUGCACAAAUAUGAAUUUGAUGAGCAUGUUUCCUUUACUCAGGUCUGCUGACACAGUCCAUACAUUUUGUAAAUGAAACAAGUUUGAUUUAUGUGUUUUAAACUGAUAAAAUCAUUGAUUCUGGAUGUUUUCUGGACAAGUCUACUCUUUUCUAAGAGAUUUUCAAACACCUGUGAUGGAAAAAUGAUGUAUUCACCUUAUUUGUUGGAUAUGUAACAAUUAUUUCCCUAAACAGUGAGAUAUUUCUGUCCUGCUGAUGCUGUGUUUUAUGGUGUCCACUCUAGCUUCCUGGUGAUAAAACCUACAGCUGUUAAUCCAGUGACAGGAUGUGGGGUGGUUGUAACUGGGAUAGAGAGGAGUGGAACAAAGGCCUCAAUGGUUCUUAGACAUCCUAACCUGGGAAAUUAGGCCAGGGUUGGGGGUUAAGACAAGGCCAGGGGCAGAUAAAGACAGGAUGAGCCCAAAGUGGCUUAUGGGGCCCCCUAAUCUAUAUAGGAGGGGUGAAACCAAGCAUUUUGGGUAUUAGCUAUAUGAACUGUGCAUUAUGUGUAUGAUUCAGACUCUCAGCCUAACGGUCAGUCAAGACUGGUGGGCUGACGGUCUCAUUAGUGCAAAAAUUAAUCGAUAUUAAAUAAAGAUGAUUGUUUGAAGAAAUUACCAAGUCUCUCUCAGUACUGAAUUUCCACAACACAUUCUGAUGUCAGAAAUGUAAUUUUUGGGAUAAAAAUCAUCUUUAUUGACAAACUGAAUCAAUGACUCACUACUGCUGCUUCUGUGUGUUUAACAGGCCUAUUGUGAUGUAAAUAAAGGUUCCACAUGCCACUGGGACAGAGUUCAAUGUGACGUA